CAAGGUCAAAAAUUCAGUAAAACGGUCAUAACUUUGAGAGAAAGGCCUAAUGGCACGAAAUCUUUUAGACUUUUUCUAGCCUCACUGGAUCCUACUUAUGAGCACAAUGUGAACCCGAAUGGUUGGUAUCACUUGGAGAGGUUCCCUCGUUAGUUGAAAUACUAUCGCUUAGUAAAGGAUUUCAUGCACUUUCGUAUUCAAAAUAUUUGUUUUCACAUAAGUUCUCUUUUAAACUAGAGUUCAAUUACUAGACUGUAAUCAUCUAUUACAAAAAAAUCAUUAUACUACAAUGUUGUAUUAAAAUCAAAAUUAUAAGAAAAUGUUUUUCUUUUCGAUCGUUUAAAUAGCUUUUUUUCCAUUGAUUUAGCAUGAUUAUCGAAUACGUCGCGAUGCUCAACGAUUUGUUAGUCAUACAACUGAUUUAUCAUCAAGUACUGAUCCUAGUAAUGUAUCAGUACAGAUAAUUGAUAUUCCUAAGGAACUAUGUGAAGUUUAUGAACGAAAAGAAAUUGGUCAACCUGUAACACUAACUGGUCCAUAUUCACCAUUAGAAGCAAAUCAUUCAUCGUGUCAUUAUGCAACAAAAAUGCGUCGUGUUCAAAUUGAUGGUGAAUCAAUAAAUUCAGUUGGUUUAGAAGAAGAACAACAUUGUAAUUAUCGUCGUUUACUUGUUGCAUUUGGUGUUCAUCUUUCACAAACACGACAAAUCGUAUCACUUCGUCAUACAACGUUAAUGCCAUCUAUUCGUGGUUUACCAGCUUUAAUUGCUAUGAUUUUUGCACCAACGAUCGAAUUAAGACUUGAUGAAGAAGGAAAAAUGAAAACAGGUGUUUUGUGUGGUCUGGGUUUUAAUCCAGUAACAAAUACUUCUCUUUAUCCUGAUCAUGAUAUGGAUAUUGGAUUUGAUGUACAAAUAUCAACAGAAGAUCUUGUUCGAAUCAAUGAAAUUCGUAAACAAAUGAAUCUAGCACUAUAUAGUGCAGAAUCAGCAGGUAAUAAAGAUUUGAUGCGAUCAGUUCGAAGAACAAUAACUACUGAAUUACAAAAAUUACUCGAAGCAAAACGACCACCGAAUCGAAAUAAUUAUUUUGGAACAUUUCAAUGGAAUAGAUUGAAUCCUGAUGAUCGUGUUCCAAAAAUGGCUGAAGAUGUUUCACCUGAUCAUCUUAAAUUAUUUCCACUUCAUGAUGAUGUUAUUACUCGUACAGUUGACAUUGAUGAUGAAUAUCGUUUGAAGAUGAUGUAUCACCUUAUUUGGCUGCGAGAAAAAGCAACCAUUACAACUUUCAUGUGUCAGAUUACUUGUGAAUUGUGUGAUAUGGAUUUUAAUUUCACUUCAGAUUUAUUUGCUCACUUGUCGUCAAGUCAACAUCGAGAACUUGUUCGACAACUUCAGCUCACCCAUUGUAUAUAA